AUGAGGUUUAAUAAUGAAGAAUGGAAAUGGAAUAUGUUCGCUGCCAGUUGGCCAGCGGCUAAUAAAAUCAAUAAACGUAGUAGUAUUUACGAAGAAUAUCAACAACUUAACGCCGCUCUAGAUAAUGUGCCAAUCAAUGAAAAGUUUAAAGAAAAUUCUAAUGCACCGCCAAUUGAGAAACUAUUAUUAAACGAUGGCGAUAAAACCGCAACAGUGCAGCCAACAAAAAUACCGCAAACGAAUGCCUUUAGUAAAGUAGUUAACACUUUGACUUUGAAACGUUCACAAAAUUCGAAUAGUAAUAAGGAUUUGAAGAAUAACAACAAUGAGGGAAAAGAGGGAAAGGAGAAAGCCGGUAAAAAGAGUGAGUUAGAAAUAAAAAAAACUAAAUCAUGCGCAACAUUAUCGUCCAGUAGCGAAACAACAUGUUCAAACGAUAAAGCUAUUAAUCAAAGCACUAUUAAUAAUUACAAUAGCAGAAGUAGCAGCAGCACUGACUUUAGUCCUAACAACUGUCUCAAUAGUAGCAUAAAACCUGAUCAAUGUAGUAAUAGUAACACAUGCAAACAAAAUUUAACUAACCCAGUCCAACAGCAACAACAACAACAGAAACGUCUUUCAAAAAUAGUUAUUGUAGUAAAAAAGUUUGAUGCCUCAACAGCGACAACAACUGAAGCAACAUCGCUAACAUCAUCAUCGACACCAACUUCCGAAUCUAACAUCAAAAAUUUGCAUAAUCACCAAUUUACCAUAGAUUGCACUAAUAAUUCUUUUACUAAUCAUGAUUUAAAAAACUCUAAUAACAGUAAUAAAGUUUUAGAAACUUCAUUUUUACUAACGGCCCCAACAAAAACGCCACCACCACCACCAACAGCCCAACGUUCACCAACAUCAUUAUCAUCUACCGAAACAUUAGAAAUGUUUGCUACAUGUAACAAAUUAAAUGAUCAAAAUCAAUUGAGCAGAAAUUUAAGUAACGUUAUUGUUAAUCAACCUAAUGAUGUUGAUCAUCAUCAUCAACAGCAGCAGCAGCAACAGCUUCAUCAUCUUAAUAAUGAUGAUCGCAAGUUGGGUUUUAAAGUAUUUGGUAAACUAAUUUUGUAG